ACUACUACAAUUUUAAAUUUUUAUUCAAUUAAAGAAAAACCCUAAUUUUUCAGUGAAAGAACAUAUAUUUAAAUGUGCAAAUUUUAGCUGUAUUAGUGUAAAAAAAACAAUAUUUAAAUCUAGGACAACCAAGUUUGUUAUUGUUCGACGUUUAAUGAGAUGGAUCCAAAAUUAAUCACGACAAUGCAAAACCAAAUAGAAACAGAUGUUCAAGUAAUUAGAAAGUUUUAUCCUACUGCUGAUGAAUUAUGCAAAGUAACUACAGUACUUUACUGUCCUGAAGAAAGCUGUGAUGCAGUAUUUACAUCUGAGUCUAAUCUUAAUUUGCACAUACUCAAAAAGCAUAAAAAGGAGGACUUGCAAAAAAAUAUAUUUGAUAGAGAAUAUUAUUGCCCUGACCAAGAAUGUGUUUAUUACAGGGAAAAAUGUUUUAAAUCAUUGAAACUUCUGAAACAACACUUCCUGAAGGUGCAUUCUGAAAAGCAGUAUUUAUGUGAUUUAUGUCAGAAAGGGUUUUCAACUAUAUCUGCCAAAAAAGCUCAUUUUGAUUAUUGUGGAGUUGAGUUUACUUGCUGCAAUUGUGAUUCUACAUAUGCUUCUUAUGAAUCUCUUAUGACUCAUGCUCGACGUAAGAAACACGCUUUUUUAGAAAAGUCUGCAUAUAAGACUUCUAGUACACUUGAGAAAAUAAAAACUGCAAAUAUAUGUCAACUGAAAAGCGUAGAAGCAUUUACGCCGAAACCUUCAUCAAAUUACUCAUUAUUAAAAUGUGUUGUUAUUAAUGUAACAUCUGAGAAAUCAAGUCAAACAGAUCAUUGCAUAGAAACACCCCAAUUACAUUCCAAAGAUACCCAAGUCAAUGAAUUUUCUUUUGAUAAAGCUAAUUCAAUUUACAGUCAAUGUAAUUCCAUUGAAACACAAACAAAUGAAAUUGAAUUAGCCAAUAUGUCUUCUAUAGAGACACAAACAGUGGGAGAUUAUGUUGUUAGAAAAGUAAAACGUUCUAAUCCUUUUACAUUUGAGGAAGAAAAGAAACAUAACACUACACAAACGAAACAUAUUAGUUCUGAUACUAAAUCAUGUAACACCUAUUUCAAAGAAGAUGAGCUGGAAAAUAUGGGUAUUGAAAGGAACAGUUUGGGUACACAAACAUUUGAGUCCGAACGUAAUGAAAUUAUAUCUUCUAUUUCUACAGCAACUCAUGAUUCGAUACAUACAGAUACUUCAGAUCUUAAUUUUGAAUUCAUGGACUCCAGUUCCCAAACAAACUUGGCUGAUGAGUUAAAUCUUUUUGUCACUUCUCCAUUUUUCAAUUGCAACAUUGAGACUCAAACUGAUUUUAUGCUAAAUGAGGAUCUGUUGAAUUAUCCAGAUUCUGAUUCAACAAUUAGCAGUCAGACACAAACUAAUAUAUCAAAUGUGUUUUUGAAUAUGAAUCCGUACAGUGAUUCCAGUAAGGAGUGCGAUGUUUUAUUCAGUAAUAUUCACACACAAACAGUAUUUGAUGAUAUGUCUAGAUCUGUUGAGAGUCAGACCAUGCUGUUCCCUAUUAAAACCCCUUUCAUGAAUUGUAGAGAUUAUGCUAAUAUGGAAACACAAACUGAUAUUGACUUUAGGAAUAUGUUGGAACAGAUAAAUGCCUGACUCUAAAUAACUAUUUAAUUUAUUCCUAACCAUACCUUUUAGCUUAACAGAAUAAUAGAAUUUUCUUUUGCUAUUGGCAAGGAGAAUGAUUUUGUUUUAAGAGAAUCUCUUUCCUUACCAAAAUCGUAUUCGAUUUAAAUGUAUUACCAUAGUCUCAAAUUUAAGUGUUGUCCUAUAUAUACUCACGAGUUUAUUUGUAGGGAUAUGCGUAUGUAGCAAAUACAAUGUAAAACUGUUUUAUUUUUGGCGAAAGAGAUGUUCCACUUUCGUCAUUUAGUGAUAUUGUUAAAAAUUUUGAUGUAAUUUAAUUCCAUAAUAAAUUCCUUAAUUAUU